AUGGUUCGCGUAUCCGUCCUCAAUGACUGCUUGAACAACAUCGUCAACGCCGAGCGCCGUGGAAAGCGCCAGGUGCUCAUCCGCCCCUCAUCCAAAGUCGUUGUCAAGUUCUUGAGCGUCAUGCAGCGUCACGGUUACAUCGGCGAGUUCGAGAUCAUCGAUGACCACCGCUCUGGCAAAAUUGUCGUCCAACUCAACGGACGUCUCAACAAAACUGGUGUCAUCUCCCCCCGCUUCAACAUCCAACACUCCCAGAUCGAGUCUUGGGUCAACUUGCUCCUCCCCGCUAGAGGUUUCGGUAUUAUCAUCCUUACCACUUCUUCCGGAAUUCUCGACCACGAGGAGGCUCGUCGCAAGAACGUCGGAGGCAAGCUCCUUGGAUACGUCUACUAG